GACCAUGACUACCUUUUCCGACUCGUGCUGAUCGGAGAUUCAGGUGUCGGCAAGUCGUGCCUGCUGCUGCGCUUUGCAGAUGACACCUACGCUGACAACUUCGUAGCGACGUGCGGAGUGGACUUUCGGAUCCGGACCAUGAUCUUGGAUGGCAAGAAAGCGAAGACGCAGAUCUGGGACACCGCAGGUCAGGAGCGAUUCCGCACUAUUUGCGCCAGCUACUACAGAGGUGCCCAUGGGAUCAUCGUCGCCUUCGACCUCACAGAUCGCGAAUCCUUUCACAACGUGCGCCAUUGGUUAGAGGAGAUCGAGAAGUAUGCGCAGCAAGGCAUCAACAAGAUGCUGGUGGGCAACAAGUGCGACAUGGCUUCCAAGCGGGUCGUGACGUACGAUGAGGCCAAAGAGCUUGCAGAUGAGCUCGGCCUACGCUACCUCGAGACAAGCGCAAAGCAUGCUCACAACGUGGACGAGGCAUUUACCCAGAUGGCCAAGGAGAUCAAGGACCGCGUUUCUCGGCAAGCUCCGCCAUCCGGCACACCCACCAGGACGAUCGUGGGGCCCGGCCAGCGAAUCUCCUCGGCUAACUGCUGCCGGUAG